AUGGCUACUGGGUGUGGCACUAAGGACGAUCAGACGGGCGUAGAAAACGCCGCGUCUGAAAUUUGCAAAGUGGGCGUGCGAGUUCCACCAUUUUGGCCGGACGAACCUGACAUCUGGUUCGCACAACUGGAAGGCCAGUUCAUGAUCGCAGGCAUCACCAACGAUGCAACAAAAUUCUUUUACGUCGUCUCACAAUUAGACCGGCAAUACGCACGCGAAGUCAAGGAUAUUAUUACCAAUCCUCCUGCUCGGGAUAAAUACGAGAAGCUCAAAUCAGAGCUAAUCCGAAGAUUGAGUGCUUCAAAUGAGAAGAAGGUGCAGCAACUCCUGAUGCACGAGGAACUGGGUGACCGCAGACCGUCACAAUUUCAUCGGCAUCUCCAGGGCCUAGCAGGUCAAGAAGUGACGGACGAGUUCCUGCGCACCAUCUGGACGAGCCGACUUCCUGCAAACAUCCAAUCGAUACUAGCAGCUCAACCUCAUGCGAGUCUGGACACCCUAGCCGACCUCGCGGACAGAAUCCACGACAUUGUGCCGACACCCACUCAACAUGUCGCUGCGACGAGCAGCACUAAUCCAGGAUCCAGCAUCGAGUCUCUGGCUCGAGAAGUCGCUGAGCUACGUAGGCAAUUACAAAGCCUCACUACCAGAGACCGCAGACCCAGGUCUCUCAGCAGGACGAGGAGCCGUCCACGCUCGCGGUCAAACUCCAGGUACCGUAAGUUCCCGCUUUGCUGGUACCACUCUAAGUUCGGCAGCGGAGCCAAGAAGUGUGUCCGUCCCUGCGACUUCAAGGCGGCGGAAAACUUUUCAAUUUUUUUGUUCCGUGCUCAUAACUCUUAA